CGUGAAUUUGGAUCUCACAAACUCGGUUUCAUUUAUUAUUGUGUUAUUAUUGGUUGGAAACAUUGUGAUUUUUGUUUGAAGAGACAGAUCAUGGCUGAUGUUGUUUUGUCGUGGUUACGGGAUCACAUAUAUGUACCCAUCUUGAUUGGCGUUUUUCUCCUGGCACUUUUGUGUCUACUCAUAUUUUGUAUUUGCAGAUGCAGAAGAAGACACCAGUUCUCCUAUAAACGUAUUGGGGAAUAUGACGUGGCCCUAGCAGAGCAACUGGAGAGAGAGAAGGCAGAGAAACAAAAUGCUGUGCGAGACACUGCUUAUAUGAAGUGUCAGUUUUAUCUGAGGUCCCAUCCACAGUAUGACAAUGUUCAGCAGUUUAAAGAAUUAGGAAGCAGAAUAGAUAAGCACUGGUUUCGAGUGCGUGAUGCACACACAAGGGCGGAGUACAUUCUGAGUAUAAUGCCGUACAACCCGAAAAUGGUGUUACCGUUCACACCGGACACCAGCAAGACCCUCAAGGAUCUCUUCUCACUACUCCAGCAUCCUUACAUUUUUCCGGUUCAUGAUUUUGAUUUUGCCGUGGAUCAGCAGUUUGUUGUGACAGUUCAGCCAAUCAGUAUUAGAGGGUCACUCAAGGAUAUCAUAUAUCAGAGAAAGUUUGCUGAAAGCUGGUAUGAAAAAUAUACUCAGCGUAACAGAGGUCUAACUUUGCUUCAGAUACAAGGUUACGGAAGACAGGUCUUAGAGGCACUGCUGUAUCUAGAAGACAAAGGCUUUCCUCGGAAUGGCAACAUACAUUCAGGAAAUGUGUUGUUUGAGAACGGAGUUUGCAGACUGUGUGGCUAUGAGAAUUCAUUUCUUGGAAACACAUCUAGGAUUUUCCCUGUAUUAAAGAAAAAACUGAAAGGAGACAGAGAAGCUUUGGAUGCUUUAUCUUUUGGUCACCUCCUGUUUGAGAUGUGUUUUGGCUAUGAGCUCGAUGUGGCACAACCAGAGCCUCAACAUCUCCUUGGUAACCAGUCACCGAAAAUUGUUGAAAUUCUAAACUUCAUAUUUGAAAAUGAAAAUGGGAAAUGUCCAACAGUGAGAGAGAUAUCUCAGCAUUCGUUCUUUUCCUCUGUACAUCUCGAUGCCCUGCUUAUGUACAACCCUGCUCCAAUAAACUUAAAUUCAACGAUGAAAACAUUGUUGAAAAAUGCCAAGAAAGGAAAACCUCUGAAAAGCAAAUCCAAAGGUGAUGGCAGAAAAUCUGAUCCUAAAAAACAGACAUCGGGACAUUCUUCAGCUGUUUAUGCAGACAAUACAGUCAGUUUCUCUUCUCCCGCUCCAGCCUAUUCCAGCACAGUUCCUCCCCCUCCUGUAGCACCCCCACCACCUUCCACAUCGACAACCAUAGCUGUCCAGAUCGAACAACCGUCAAGUUCGACAGGCAGACAGGCCUUGCUGGGUGACAUCAAAGGAUCCAAGUUGAAAAAGGUGGUCACCAACGACAAAAGUAAUCCAAAAGUCUGACAGUGAUUUCAGCAUUUCACAAAUGUUUUACUUUUUUCGUCAGUUUCAAAACCAUCGAUACUUUUUGCUUGUUGUAUUUAAAAAAAAAACUGUUGUAUAAAUGUAUGUCUGUUGUGCUUCUCAAAUGUUAGUUUUCCCUUAUUUUUGCUGGGUGACAUCGAAAAAAGGAUCAAAUUUGAAAAAAAACCACAGAAGUAAUCCAAAAAUCUGACUGAUCUCAUCUCAGCAUUUCACAAAUUUUACUCUUUUUGUUUUUCAUAUUCAUUGUCCGUGCUUCUCAUAUGUUAAUUUUCCACUUAUUUUAAAAAUUGUCGGCUAUAUUUGUCCUGUUGUAUUUCAAAAGAAAAUUAUUGCAUAAAUGUGAGUGCCAUUUACUGUCUUUCUCAAAUUUUACUUUAUUUUAAAUUAUUUUCAAAAUCAUGAAUGAAACAUGUAGACUGGGGCACAUUAGCAGCAAUGACAACCAAAGAUCAUUUAUAAAUUAUAGGUCACAUUUGUUUGUCUGCAAGCUAUCAUGUUUUUAAUUAAUUAAUUAAUUAAUUAAUUUGAAAAUGAACAGCAAAAGGAACCCAUAUUUUGAUAUUAGAAAAGUAUCAGUUAUUGUUGACCAUGUCAUACAGAAUAUUGAUACUAUUAUUAUGAGAGUAAAAUAUUUAAUUCCGAGAAUGUAGAAUGUGAUAAGAAAUGGUUAAUUGAUUGACUGAUUGAUUCUUGUAUACAAUAAACAUAUGCAAUAGAGAUAAAGUACAUUGCUCUGCAUUUCAUAUUCGAUCCAUUUGGUUCAGUUGUACUGAAAAUAGUAUUUAUCAUGUUUAAAUAAUGAUCUCACUCAAGUUAUAAAGUUUGAUGAAAUUAAUAAGCUUAAUAUAUUAGAGGUGUUUGCACAUUUUGUUUAAUAUUGUUAUGCACUUUCUUGUUCUGACAGUGAAUACAUUCAGGUUUCUAAAAAUUGUGAGACCAAUAGUUUUUUUCACCCAGUGCUUAUGCAAGUUUGCUUUUGUGUGACUCAUAAAUGGCACAUUAUAGUUAGAAUAUCAUAUACGUGGUUGUAACAGGUUAGGCAAAAUGAAAUGGUCUGACUGUAAAUUUUUUGUAUAACCCAUAAAAAGUAUUUUAAAUUCUUAGAAGCCUAAAUUUAUUACAAUCAUAUAUGUGCUGUACAGAAUUCAUAAUUGAUAAAUGUAUAAAUUAUAAUCUACUACUUCCUGUUUAUUGUAAAAUAACAGUGAAAUCAGUGACUGGUGAGUUUUCAUGUUAUCACCAUUAAAAUGUGUUAUUGCCACUUUAAAAAUGUGUUAUUGCCUCUUUAAAAAUGUGUUAUUGCCUCUUUAAAAAUGUGUUAUUGCCACUGUAAAAAUGUGUUAAUGCCAUUUUAAAAAUGUGUUAUUGCCACUGUAAAAAGUGUUAUUGCUAAUGUAAAAAGUAGUUUUGCUACUGUAAAAAGUGUUAUUGCCACUCUAAGAACUGUUAUUGCCACUCUAAAAAAGUGCUAUUGCCACUCUAAAAAAGUGCUAUUGCCACUCUAAAAAGUGUUAUCACAAUUAUUGUAAAUGACAUUGUUUACCAAAGUAACAGCACUGACAUCACAAGAUUUACACUAAAUCCUGAUUGUCAUAAAAUCUGUAAUCCAUUGUCAACAGACAGAUCAGUAGAGAUCAAAGAAAAUGUUUAUGAAACAGUCUCAGACAGCCUGCUUAUGUCUGCAACAGAUCUGGGAAGUUGAAGCCUGUUUAAUUUUGCAUAUCUGUCACAGAGUGUCUGCAUUGAUCUGCAUCCAUUAAUUAGUUUAGGGAAACCAGUGGUGAUUGUUCAUUGCUGGCAAUAAAGAUUUUUAGAAUAACAAAAUAAGUUGCCAAACAUUAUACAGUAAAUAGAUAAUUUCAUAUGUUCAGUAUCAUGAAUCAGCAAUAUUUCAUAUCACACAUUACCUAAGCACGAUUCAAGUGAUUUGACUGUAGACUUCACUUAAUGAAAAAUUAAUCCUAUUUGACAGAAAACAUGAAAUAUCUUCUAUAUAUAAAUAUUUCUUUUGUAAUAGAAUUUUGCAGCUAAUUAUUAUUUAGAUAUUACAGUUAGGCUGCAUGAUUUCUCAACAUGUACAGUCUGACCUCAUUAAUAUGACAUUUACACCAUCCGACCACAAAUUUGUUUUAACGACAAAGUGAACCAGGGACGAACAUGGUCGUUGUAAUAAGGUUGGACUGUACAUCUGCAACCACAGGAUAUUUUGGUGUGUGUGUUUACAUGCCUUUAUCAUUUCAUUUCAUUUCAAUUUAUUUUCAUGCUUAUAUCCAAUUAAGGUUCAAGCACGCUGUCCUGGGCACACACCUCAGUUAUCUGGGCUGUCUGUCCAGGACAGUGGGUUAGUGGUUGGUGAGAGAAAAGAGGGUGUAAGGGUCUUAUACCUGCCCAUUGAGUCGUUAAAACUCGCUCUAAGGCCGGUAGCCUUUAUCAAAUUGAGUUUCAGGCAUGUUCCUCUUAGUUUCAACCUCUGACUUUGCCAUGCAGCCAUUUUAAUUAUUGUUGAUCUUACUGGUCUAAAGGUGUAAUUUUCAUAUAUUCACAGUGUCAAAACAACAUGCAUGUCACAUGAAGUUGUCUCUUUGUAAAAUGUUUCAUGUUUUUUGUUUGUUGAUGAAAUUGUGUGAAUUGGACCAUGUGUCUUUCAGUAUUGUGUGCAAUAUUUUUAAAAAUAGUUAAUUAAGCAUACAGUAAUAGUUUUACAAUUAUGUGCAUGCACUUGUGUUUUUGUUUGAUAUGUUGAUCACCUUCACAUAAUAUAUAUUUAUGGCUAAAAUGUGAGUUGUUCUAUGCCAUACCUUUUGGAAUUGUAGUCUGUAUUAUGUCAUCUGAUUUUCUGAUCAUUAUGCUUUUCAUAACUGUCAUGUUAGAAGAAAGCAUUAGGGUACGAUAUGUAAAUUGUCUUUAUACAGUGAAACCUGUGUAGACCGGACCCUGAACUAACCAGAAUCCUGUCAAAACUGGCCAAGUUUCAUGGUCCCGAAUUUAGUAAAUUCUAAAAUCCAACACUCUAAACACAGAAUCGUGUCAAAAUCGGAUCAAUAUUAGGUCACCAACAUGAUCUGGAUUAAUCAGGUUUUACUGUAUUAUGAUAUGUUAAUAACUAAACCAAAUAAUUUAGCUCUUUACAUUUUCACAAACUGUUCACAAGGCAGUAUAAAUAUGAAACAUUUUUAUUAUUAUUACGUAAUGAAAAUAUAUCUGUAUUCUUAUUGGUAAAAAACCAGUCACAUGACCUUCCGUAAAAUAGUGAUAUUGCCCUGAGAUGGACCUACCGGUCUAUCAAAAGUGAUAUUGCCCUUGGAGAUUUAACCAAUGAUAAUAAAGAUGAGAUGAAAUUCUAUCCAAUUAAUGAGUAGGUAACGUAAUGCAACGUCAACUGCUACUUCUAAUGUAAACAAGCAUAAAAUUGUGACAAAACACUUUGCUGUUCUUCCACGAAAAGAUAACAUCUUUAUUCAUACCGAGUUUAAUUCAGCAAAUACGACAAAGACAAGGUCAGUAAUCGUCAAAUUGUGUAAUAAAUAUCUCGCAGAUUUUGAAACGUACAUGAUAAAUCGAAAUGCAGUUGGAAUCGGCACUUUCAGGAUUUUAUGUUACAAAUGAAAAAAAUGCAUUUGGAGGUAAUCGGUAACUGUUCAGUGUAAAUGUAUGUUCAGAUUUAUCACAUUUUGUGUUUUAUUUUGUUAUAAAUAUUAUUUUAACACUCUUGCUGGUCAUAGUGUCUCGAAUUUGAUUUCUGUCUUGGUUAUGUUUCAACUGUUUAUUUCUGCAUGUCAUACGUCAUAGGAUUAAUAUUAAUAUCACUAUUAAUAAGGCUUAAAUUACAUAUGUAUUUGUUGAUUCAGAUGUUUGUUCAUGUAAUUAAUGUAUAGUUAUGUUAUUGUUACUGCAGAUAAAUAUAUAUUAUAUUGUUAUUUUAGCUCUGCCCAUAUUUCGGGUAUUAUGCAAAUAAAUUAUUCUUAUUCUUAGGAUUACGUGACGUCACUAAAUCCCAUCAGUUUUAACGCAUUGUGAGAAAUUGUAAGCAUUGGCUUAUUUCGAUUCCGAUAAACAGAGCAGGAAUGUAUGGAUGUCAUUAUGUUGUAAAACAAUUAUUGACCGUCAUUGAGGGCAAUAUCAUGUUUUAUGGACCGAAGAAAUUGCUAUUGCCCUCAUUGACGGUCAAUAAUUGAUAAUUAUUAUAGUGAAAUUAUUUUAAUUCAUAUUAUUUUCGUGGGUAUUUAAAAUAACCACAGAUAAAUAAACUAGCAUAUUAUAAAUAUAACUGUGUAAACAAAACUACCAAACAUAUUUAUUAUAUUAUUGUACAUGUAUUAUGAAAUGUAAAAAAAAGAGAAAUAAUUGGACAGAUUUUGUCCUUUUUGCAUAUAUUUAUUAGCAAUCCAGGGGUGGAUACAGGAUUUUGCUAGGGAGGGGAUGCAUGAAUGAAUGAAUGUUUAACGACAACCCAGCACAAAAAUACACAUCGCCUAUUGGGUGUCACAAAUUGGUGCUUCACUGCUGAAUCUCAAGGACUUGUUUAAUUCGAAGCCGACAUGCGAUCUCACAUGCUCCAACGACCAAUGCUGCGUUCAAUUUAUGGCACCAAUGGCUAGCAGAAAGAGACUUGCGAUCGACCCUAUUCUAAGCAUCCACUACCCCACGAACCUGGGCGGGGGCUACAUAAAGUCGUGUAAACCAAUCAAGCAACAUGGGGACCGGUGUCUAGUGAGAAACAACGGGGAGUGGUGCGACUGUGCACAGGGAUUGAAAUGUCAAGCUAAUGGUCCGACAGGGUUGGAUGCCUACUUCGGGACUUGUGUUGCGUGAUGAUAUGAUGAGAUAGCUGUGUGGUUCAGUGUUUCAAUAAAGAUUGAAAUAACA